GCCGCCGAGAAGAGCAUGGAGUUCCUCGGCGAGGCAGCGGACCGAGUGCAGGAGGAGGUCCGCCGCCUGGAGGCCCACAAGGAGCAGAGUGUACCGCGGUGCUUCACUCAGGCGCAAGUGGAGCAAGAGCGCCGCAGGGCGGAGACGUCCAGGGACCGCAUCAAGAAGCGGAUCGAGGCCCUCAACGCCAAGGCAGAGGACAUUCAGAAGGAGCUGGCGGAGGAACAGUCCAAGCUCGAGAAGAAGGAGUCGCAUGUCCGACAGCUGGAGGCCAAGAGGUCGCAGCUGGAGCAGCACACUGUGCCUACCGACGCGGCGGAGGCGCUGCUGCAUGAGCACACGAAGGAGACUGCCGACACGGACCUCAAGGCCAAGCAUAAGCACAUCAAAGAGGCCCUCGCGAUGGUCAAGAAGCGGCAGCAGGCAAUCGCGGAGGAGAUGGAGAAGACCAAGACCGAGGCCGAAGCCCAGCGCUCGCGCUCCGUGUCGCGCAAGCGCGGGGCUGAGUCGAGCUCCAGCCUGGUCGCCAUCCCCGCGAGGACAUCGCCAGAGCAGAUCAAGCAGCUCCUCAGCAAGCACUGCACGGCCGAGCAGCAGCACGUCACGACGGCCCACGCCAGCACGGCCAAAUCCCUGGAGCGCGUGAUGGGGCUCGCGAGCACCGAGGCCGUGGUGGUUGGCCGGCAGCUGUCCAUGGGCAUGGCAGACUCGGGGGAGUGGCUGCAGCGCAUGGCUCGAAAGGGUUGGAGGACUGCGGCGGUACCCAGCGUGCGCACUGCGGACGGGGGGUGGAGCGCGGGCACGGCCACCGCGGUGCCCAGGCACAUCGCCACGAGCUUCGUGGGCGGCCCUCGCCGCCUGGCGGUGGCGUGGGUGGACCUCGGCGAGCGCGGCGGCAUCGUCAUGGGCCCGUGCUACCUCUGGCACUCGGGGGGCCCCGCGCCCGGGAACCUGGCGGCGCUGGCGGCCUUCGGCGCGCUUAUGGACGCCACGGGCAUGCAGUGGGUCAUAGGGGGCGACCUCGACAGUGGCCCAGAGCAGCUGCACGAGAGCAGGGUGAUCGACGGACUGAAGGGAGUCAUCAUCCGACCGAGCGAGGGCACGUGCAAGGUGCCAAAGAGGGAGGCCAGCACCCGCGACUAUUUCAUCGCGUCGAGGAGACUGGCGCAGACGGAGCACGCGACGGUGGAGAAAGACCUGGCCAUAGCGUACACUUCCCCGUCUCGUGUUGGCUGGGCAAGAGUGCCCCGGCAUACAAGGAGAUCGACGCGCACUGGGAACCGCUACCACUGCUUCGCGGGCGGUGACCUGGCGCGGAGGCAGGGCCACUUCCAAACGGAGCAGGUCUGGGAGGUCAUGCUAGCGCCAGCGCGCAAGUCACCGAGAGGCGCCCCGACCAAGAGGGCCGCCACGGCGGAGUGGCUGAGAUACCGAGUGCAGGAGCUGGCACGCUCGGCCACAGGCACAAGCGGGGACAUCUGCCACACGUGGCAAAAGCAGCUCGAGCUAAACGAGGCAGAACAGGUGGUCAUCAACAUGGACCUCCUGCCGCUGACAGCCGUCGAGGAGGGAGCACCAAGGGCGCGGCCCGACGGCACCGCGGCGGACGAUUGGCAGAACACGAAGUGGGCGAUCACCAACCUCGGGAACGCCAACAUUGAGAAAUGGGCGCUCAAGGCUGGCGAGGUUGCCGACCAGGAGCGCAGGGCAGCCAUCACCAAGGUAUGCCAGCACUGCGUGGGCUUCAAGAGGCAGACGGCCUUGGGCGCGGAGCAGUGGCUGGGAGGCGCUGAGGGCAUCGAGCGCAUCAUCGACAUGCUCGACGCGGUCGAGGACGGCGAGCCAUGGCCGUCAAGCCAGUCGGACAUACUGCUCUACAACAUACCGAGGGCAGAGGGCGGGGGCAUGAGAUGCCCAGGCCUGCUGCCAGAGGUGGUCAGGCUGUGGGAGAAGCGCAAGCGCCCCAUCAUGGCCAAGUGGGAGGCCUGCCACAGGAGAGACCACGACUGGUCACGGGCUGGACGCAGCAGCGAGCGCGGCGCCUGGAUGCAGCAGCGCUCCUGCGAGGCAACCGCGGCCGGCAACGAGAGUUACGCCAUCGCCUCGCUGGGCCUGGUAAGAUGCUUCGAAUACGUGGGCCACUGGAAG